AUGGAUCGAACAUUUGCUGGCUUAGCUCUUUGGCUAUGGUUUCUACUGUCUUCUGCUACGGCUUCCAGCAGUUACAGUAGCAAUAGUCACCUGAAACGCUUUAGUAGAUCGCUUAUCUUUCCGCCCACCACACCGACACGUGUACAAUUUAUUGGCGGUAUCGGUAUACCUGUUGAUGGUUUACAUUUCGAAUCAGUUACCUCUGGCUAUGUGCUGAAAGCAGAAUACUUUCUGCCCACCAAUUCUACAGAGAUCACGCGCGUCUAUCUCAAACCGAUGACCGUAUCGGCCAGAGAGAAGGAGAUAAAUGGAAAUGAGCAGUUUGACUAUGGUGCCAUAUAUCGUUGGAUUAUUUAUCGUGGCAUUGAGAUGAUAUUGGACAAUAUGGGACUACCCGGACGGAGUUGCUUGCUACGAGUGAUUUGUGAACAUGCAGCUGUUCCCUUGAGCCAUGAAAGCGGUUUACUUGGCGAGAUUCUACACAUAAUAUUAACUCCAUCGAGUUCGAAUGACAAACUAACGCAUCGAAUGGAUGGUGAAUAUCAAGAGUCUGAACAUUAUGGCAAACGUGGUGGUGAUUGUAAUGCAGCCUAUGCCAAAAAGUGUUCAAAAUCACCCAUGGAUCUGAUUAGUAUUAUAAUGAAAGUGAAUAAAUGA